AUGCACUCAACCAGCGACAGGAAAUCAUCUUGGACGACGUAUCUCGGUCGAUUGUGGAUAUCUCUCGUGACUGCGCUCAUCUCCUUCUUGAGCUUCUCGUUCCAGCUAUAUGGCACUUACUAUCGGCGUAGAGAUGUUGUUGUGGUGAACAUUCUCUCAUUCUUCAUCUUCUACAAUUACUUCCGAUGUACUACUACCGAUCCAGGUGGAGUGCCAGUGGAUUAUGAACCACUCCGAGACACUCAAGACACACUCGAAAACCCCGCUACGCCAAGAUAUUGUAGAUCCUGUCACGUCUAUAAACCUCCCCGCGCCCACCACUGCUCCAAAUCAGGCAGAUGUGUUCUGCGGAUGGAUCACUAUUGCCCGUGGAUGAACAACUGCAUUGGAUUCUACAACUACGGCCACUUUAUCCGAUUUCUGGUUGGCGUCAAUGUUGGCUGCGUCUUUCUCCUCUAUGUCCUGUCCAACAGGGUGCUUUACCCGACACCCGUCCCUGAUAACGCCGAAACAGCGCUGAUCGUCGCAAAUUACAUCGCCUGCCUGCUCACACUCAUCGUCGUUGGCAGCUUCUCGCUAUACCAAUUCUACGCACUCUGCACCAACACGACGACCAUCGAGUCUUGGGAAAAAGACAAGGUGGCUAAUUUAGCGCGCAGAGGACGGAUACGCGAUAUUAAAUACCCUUAUCAGCUCUCAGUGUAUGAGAACAUCUGCGCCGUGCUCGGUAAUAGACCUUGGCUAUGGCUCGUACCACAGCGCAUGCAUGGCAACGGGCUUGCUUACCCCACCGCCACAAAUUCAGGCAAGUGGGUAGAUGUUCACGUCAGAGGGAGGAGUAUUCUGCGCGAGUCGGGUGCGAGUGCAAGUAGGCGUAGGCGUGGGCAGGCACCACACGCUGCUCUUCAACUCGACGAUGGAAGCCCUGUUAACACACACGUUACACCCGACGAACACAUGCGCGGUGUUGAGUUUGAGAGUGAAAUGAGUCUUCUCGAGGACGCAGAUAGCUGGCCACCGCGUGUCGAGGGAUACGCGCACAGCUUCGAUUACAGCGACGGUGACGACGCGCCUACUAGAUUCACCCUCAACCAGUCGCCAUGGACGUACCAGACUGGCCUCAAUCCCCGCUUGACGCCCUCUUCGUCGCGGCAGAGACACAACAGACAUAUCAGACAGGGAGACGAGGGGUGGGAGGUGCAGGGUGCGACUGCCUCUCCAUAUGCAUAUGAAUUCGCGCAUGAGAACACUACAUUUGAGGAUGCGACUGGACGCUGGACCCAACGCGAUGGACGCGUCUAUCGAGUGUAUGAGGAGGAGGAGGAGGAGGAUCACGAUGACUAUGGAGGCAGUGAAGGGGAUUGA